AUGUCCGAGCUGGGCCAGCCGCCUGCCGGCACCGAGUCGACGCCCUGGUCGCGGUACCCAACCGGCCUGCGGCUCGCCGCCCUCCUCGCCUCCAUCUUCUGCACCAUCUUCCUCGUUGCCCUCGACCGCCUCAUCAUCGGCACCGCCGUCCCCGCAAUCACCGACGAGUUCCACUCCCUCCAGGAUGUUGGCUGGUACGGUUCUGCCUAUCAACUCACCACCUGCAGCUUUCAGCUCCUCUUUGGCAAGCUCUACAAGUACUACUCCAUAAAGGCAACCUUUCUCAGCUGCGUCCUCCUCUUCGAGAUCGGCUCCGCCAUCUGCGGCGCCGCUCCAAACUCCGUCGCCCUCAUCAUCGGCCGCGCCGUCCAGGGUGUCGGCGCCGCUGGCAUCUUUUCCGGCGCCGUUGUCCUGCUCGUCUACGCCGUGCCCUUGCACCAGCGCCCAAAGUACCAGGGCCUCUUUGGCGCCAUCUUUGGCAUCGCCUCCAUUCUCGGACCUCUCGUCGGCGGUGCAUUCACUUCCAAUGUUAGCUGGAGGUGGUGCUUCUACAUCAACCUCCCCUUUGGAGCCGUCGUCAUGGUCCUCGUCGGCUUCAUUCUUGACGUUCCCAGAAGCAAGGAGGGCGAUGACCUGACCACCAGCCAGAAGCUUGCCCAGCUUGACCCCAUCGGCACUCUGGCUCUCAUCCCGGGCAUCAUCUGCCUCCUCCUCGCCCUGCAGUGGGGAGGCGUCACGUAUGCCUGGAACAAUGGCCGUAUCAUCGCCCUCCUAACCCUCGGAGUCGCCCUCUUCCUCGCCUUCGUCGCUGUACAGAUUCUCAGACCCGAGACCGCCACCCUCUCGCCACGUCUUUUCACCCAGCGCUCCAUGGUUGCUGGAGUCUGGGCGACAACCUGCGUUGGCGCGGGCAUGUUGAUCUAUAUUUACUACAUCCCCAUCUGGUUCCAAGCCAUCAAGGGCGACUCGGCCGUCGACUCGGGCAUCCACCUGCUUCCCCUUACCCUCGCCAUGGUUGUGGGCUCCAUCUCCAACGGCCUCCUUGUCUCCCGUCUGGGCUACUACACGCCCUUCAUGCUGGCCGGCGUAUGCAUCAUGUCCAUUGGCUCUGGUCUCUUCCUGACCUUUGACGCCUCCACUCCCGCGCCCAAAUGGAUCGGCUAUCAGAUCCUCUACGGCUUCGGCCUGGGUUGGACAUUCCAGGCACCCAAUCUCGCAGCGCAGACCGUUCUCCCAACCAAGGACGUCUCCAUGGGAAUAUCUCUCAUGUUCUUCACGCAACUCCUCUCCGGUGCCAUCUUCAUAUCUGUGGGCCAGAAUGUCUUGACCAAUGAGCUCCUCAAGCGUCUCGAGGGUGUCAUGGGCGUCACGCCAGAGCUCAUCGAGAACACGGGCGCCACAAGCCUGAGCUCCGCGCUGCCAGAAGGCGUGCGCGGUGUCGUUCUUGAUGCGUACAACCUGAGCCUGAGACAGGUCUUCAUCGUUGGCGCGGCGUGUACGUGUCUGACCAUCUUUGCCGCACUGGCCAUGGAGUGGCGCAGCGUCAAGGAGAAGAAGAACAAGCAGGACGCCGCGCGGGCUGCGUCAGCCUCGGCAUCAGACGAGGAGAAGGACAAGGCGGGCGCCGGCUCCGAUACCGAGGGCACUGCUGUCGGUGCAGGUACCAGUGCCGGUACCGCUCAAGCCUUUGGCAAGGAGGAGGUUUGA